AUGUAUGGCCAUUGGACUAACAACUGUGUGCGUUUCAGGGAUAUGAUCGAAAAGGCGAUUACUGAUGGUCGCCUUGCUUUCGAGGAAAAGGACAUGAAAGUGGAUACAGAUCUAUUUGCUGUUCAUACUGGUUAUGUGGAACUAGUAUCAAUGGCCAUCAACAUGGUCGAAGUCAAUGUCGAAGACGAUGACAAUAUUGAGCCCAUUUCAGAUGAGAAACUCGAAGAAUUGAUGGACGACUUUGCCAAAGAGGAGGAACCUAUCUACCCAAAAGAAGGAGAUAGUUUGGUUGAGUUUCUGUCGAAGAAGAAAGAGGCUGAUAAGAAGGUUAUGUUGUGUCCCCGAUGUAGUGUUGUCUUUGACAGAGCUGCGGCUAAGGCUUUCGAGGAGUCAUAA